AUGCUUAGACCAAGAACUUACGUACGUAAGUUGGCUUGGAGAUGUCCAAGAACAUCACAAUUAGGGCUAAGAUUGGCUACGAGUGUAUCUAGUCCUAAAACAUUGCCACUUCAAAUGAAUUUUGAUAUUUCACAUUCACAGUCUGCAUUUAGAGCCUAUCAGGAUAUUAUACAUAGAAAUAAAAGUGUUAGUGAUGAUGAACCCUCACAGAGGUCUGAAAAUGAAAAUAAUCCGUCUGAAACCGACAAGGAAUCUAAUCAAGAUCCGGAGACGCCAGAGAAAGACAAGGAGCUGGAAAAUGAUAAAGAACAAGAAAAUGAGAAAGAUAUUGAGAAUGAUAAUAAAGUAUCGUCUGAAUCUAAUGAAACCGUGCCAACGGCCUCAUCGAAUACAGGUGGAGCGGCAGCCCCACCUAGCGGUAACAAUAAUGGAGAUGAUCCAGAUGAUUCGAACCCUCUGCUUCCAGUUGAUCCUGUUACUGGGUUGUAUCCACCGUUAUUGGCUAUUCCUAUGAAGGACCGUCCUCCACUUCCGGGUCGUCCAUUCGCAAUUAAUGUCACAGACCCUGAGGUGAUUAGGUCCAUAUACACCAUCAUUGAUAAAAGAGAACCAUACUUUGUAUUGUUUCAUGUAAAAGAUUCUAAUGAACCAGAUACUGAUGUUAUAAAUAAGAAAGACUCGGUGUAUGAUAUAGGGGUCCAUUGUCAAAUUAUUAGACAUACCACCCCUAGACCUGGGGUAUUUAAUGUUUUAGGUUACCCUCUUGAAAGAUGUAAAUUAGAGGAAUUAACCACCCCAAGUAGUCAAAAGGAGGCUAAAUCUGAUGCGCCUGUAAAGGAUGAUGGAGAAAACUUCCCAACGUCUUAUUUGAAGGGCCUCAAUGUUUCAUAUGCAACAGUUAAACCAGUCGAAGAUGAGCCUUAUGAUAAAUCAUCUGCAGAAAUUCGUUCAUUGGUUGAAUCAUUGAAAACAUUGUUAAGUAAAAUGGGUGGUAAGAACCCACUUGAAAAGCUUCAGAUUAAAGAAGGAACUGACUUGAUUAGUGAUCCAUCUAAAUUUGCCGAUUUUGUUGGUUCCACCAUACAUGGAGAUCCAAAAAAGAUUCAAGAAAUAUUAGAAACUUUGAAUAUUGAGACAAGGUUAUCAAGGGCACUAGAAUUAUUGAAAGUGGAACUUAAGGCUAGUUUAAUUAAAGAAAGUACUAUACAUAAUUUGAGUACUAAAGCAGAUGAAUAUCAGACCCGUCUUUUCAUUAAGGAAUUCAUUAAGGAAUUGCAAAAGCGUGCAGGUAUUUCUGAAUCGGAUGAUAAGAAGACUUCCAAAUUUGAUGAAAGGCUUAAACAUUUGAAACUUACAGAUGAAGCUAUGGAAGCAUACAAUGCUGAAAAGGCUAAGAUGGAAAACCAGAACGAACAUUCUAGUGAAUUAGGUGUUAGCGAAAGGUAUUUAGAUUGGUUGACGUCUAUUCCAUGGGGAGUUUACUCAAAAGACCAUUUCAAUAUUAAGCAAGCAAGAGAAGUUUUAGAGCGUGAUCAUUAUGGUUUGAAGGAUGUUAAGGACCGUAUUUUGGAAUUCAUUUCUUUAGGUAAGGUUUCUGGUAAAGUUGAUGGUAAGAUUUUAUGUUUGGCAGGUCCUCCAGGUACCGGUAAAACAUCUAUUGCCAAAUCUAUUGCUGAAUCAUUGAAUCGUAAAUAUGUGAGAAUUGCUAUGGGUGGUAUACAAGAUGUUCAUGAAGUUAAAGGGCAUAGAAGGACUUAUGUCGGUUCUAUUCCAGGUCGUAUUAUAUCUGCUUUAAAACAAGCUAAAACAUCAAAUCCUUUAAUGUUAAUCGAUGAAAUCGAUAAGCUAGAUUUGAGCCGUGGUGGUGGUGCUGCUUCAGCAUUCUUAGAGAUCUUAGAUCCGGAACAAAACAAUGCAUUCGUAGAUAACUACAUUGAUGUUAAAGUUGAUUUAUCAAAGGUUUUAUUUGUUUGUACAGCAAACUACUUAGGAAAUAUCCCAGCUCCUUUGAGAGAUCGUAUGGAGAUUAUUGACGUCUCUGGGUAUACCAAUAAUGAAAAAAUUGAAAUUGCUAAAAGACACUUGAUUCCUGAAGCUAGUAAGAAGGCGGGCUUAGAAACCAAUCAUGUUCUUAUCACCAACGAAACUAUUUCUAGAUUGAUUGAAAAAUACUGUCGUGAAAGUGGUCUCAGAAACAUUAAGAAGUUAAUCACUAGAAUUUUCAGUAAAGCAUCUCUCAAGAUUGUGGAAGAAAUUGAAACCAAAGAAGCUCUUAAUGCCCCUAAAGAAAAAGAUACUGUUACAGCAGGUUCUGCCGAGGUGAACGAUAAUAAAGAAGCUACUCAUUCGAGCACUCCUCACUCAGAGAAUGCUGAUGAAAAUGUGGCAGAUGUUCAAGCCAAAUCUAAAUCCACACUUGAAACAGCCGGAACGAAAGAAAAGAAUGAAGCUAAUAAAGAAAAUAAACAAUCUGAAAAUGAUGAAAAGCCAGAAGCAAAAUUUGUUAUUCCUGAGGAUAUUAAAUUAGAAAUCACGCCUGAAAACUUGAAAGAUUAUGUUGGUCCAGAAAUUUACACUAGAGACCGUGUAUAUGAUAUUCCACCGCCUGGUGUUGCAACUGGUCUUUCUUACAGCACUUCAGGUAAUGGUGAUGCUCUUUACAUCGAAUCGAUCUUAACACAUUCAAUUGGAUCUGGAUCUGGAGUUCCAGGCAUGCAUGUCACUGGUAGUUUGAAGGAUGUUAUGAAGGAGUCUGCGUCUAUCGCAUAUUCGUUUGCUAAACUGUUUAUGGCUAAGAAUUAUCCAGAUAACAGAUUUUUUGAAGCAGCCGACAUUCAUAUUCAUUGUCCAGAUGGUGCAAUUCCAAAAGAUGGUCCAUCUGCUGGUAUUUCUUUUACAUCUUCGUUGAUUUCAUUAGCAAUUAAUGAAUCCUUGCCUCCAACUGUAGCCAUGACAGGUGAAAUAACUGUCACUGGAAGAGUAUUACCAGUAGGUGGUUUGAGGGAAAAAAUAUUAGGUGCUAAGAGAUACGGUUGUGAUACUAUAAUCUUCCCUAAAGAUAUUGAAAAUGAACUUGAAGAAAUCCCAGACGAAGUCAAAGAAGGCGUCACAUUUAUUCCAGUCGAAUGGUAUCAAGAAGUCUUUGAUAAGAUUUUCCCUAAAAGUACCGCUCAAAAAUGUAAUGAAGUAUGGAAGGAAGAAUUUGCCAAAUUGGACCUGAAAAAAAAAAAUAAGAAGAAAUGA